AUGGGUGAUUUUUAUAUGUAUGAUGCUAAACAAUUAUCAAAUAAUGACCUACCCACAACAAUAACAACGAAAACUACUACAAAUAAUAUUAUAUCAGGGGAUUUGGGGGGUACACUUGGUCCAUCACCAAUACACGGGGAUCUAUGGAUUAUGAACAGUUUUAUGCCCAAGUUCUCAGAUAAAAAUAUAGUCGUAGAAAAUUUAUGUACUAGUGGAAAUAUACAUGACAUAGUUACACUUGGUGGUCCUUAUAUACAAAGCAAUUCAUUAAUGGAUAUUUCUACUAUUUGCCUAGAUGAGCAAAAUGUCAUAUGCGUCAGAAAUGGAGCAUUGAUGUAUAAUAUUCCGAUAAAGGAUACACAACUGCGGCUUAUAUACCGUUCCGAUCGCACUUCCGGCUACAAACCUGGUAUAUCUAUUCAUUUGUUAGCAUCAAAUCGCGCUCCACCUUUGAAUUUGAAAGAAAUUCACUUAGUAAUUGAUAUUGCUGGUCAACGUCACGUAAAGCUCUUAGAACCUGAACCUGGCUUACUAAACACUUUCUACUGGAAUAAAACGGAUGGUUACAAUCGCUCUGUUUAUGGUUUAGCUGAAGCUAAAGUAUCUGUUGGUUAUGUAUACACGAACUGUCCACGUAUUUUCUGGGAAUAUCGAGUUGUCCAACUACCCGGAAGCGAACUAAUCAGUUCAGAUUUAGCUAAUUGGAAUUUAAAUAUUUUACAUACGUAUGCGGUUAGCCAUGGGAUUAUUUAUCGCGGUGAUGGCUCACAUUUCUACUUGAAACAAACAGACUGGCAUAUUAGUGCAGUCAUUGGACUAGCUGAACAACGUCGACCGCCAAACGACUGUAGUCAAUGUUCAAUUAAUGAUAAACCAACUCGACAAUUAUCUCUACGUAACCCAUACUGUUUACUAACUGAUUCAGUUGGCAAUCUUUUAAUUGGAGAUGGGGGAUUUUUACGUUGGUUAAAUUCAACUAAAUCAGCCGAGGAGUACAAGUCUUCAUCAGUGUUAUCGUCUUCCUCCCAAUCCUCACUAUCUUUUAGGGCACCACUGAUAAGAUCAGAUUCACUAAACAGUCCAUUUCAAGAACAAUUGAAACGUAAUGAUCGUAGAAGAUGGGCAACAAUAAUUGAUUACAAGCUUGACUUUCUUCAAUCUAAUUUUGAUGAAGAUCAGUUAACAAACUAUUUCAUAACUGUUCAUCCAAAUUAUAUAUAUCGUACAAACGAUUACACUAUGGUAACAUUAUUAGGGAACAGUGGAAAUGUUGGUGGAGCAGACCUUUCAAAUGGAUUAUUCCUGUCACACACGAAUAGUAAAAGCAUAUGGUGGCUAAAAACUACACCAAAUUUAUCAGCACACUUACUUAUUGGAGGAAAUUGUCAAUUGCCAAGCUCUAAAUCUAACAUUAAUUCUGAAUCAUCGUCCUCAACUGCAUUCAACUACCAAGAGUUCUGUAUUAAACAGAAUUUGAAAUCCCCUAAAGGAAUUGUCGCUACACAAACGGAAUUGUAUUUUAUCGAUUCUCAAUCUAUUUGGUCAUUGUCGUUACGGCAAACUGGUUCUAGUACGAUCCCAUUUUCCCGACUUGUAAUUGGAAGUGAUCCAAAUUAUUCAUCAAAUCCAAAGUCACUUAACACAACUACCUCAGGGACCAGUACUCCAAAAACAACUCCAUCUUCAUCGAUACCACCUUGUGACCGAUCUGUCCCAGGAAAUCAGAUGUUGUUAAAUAAUCCUGAACACUUGGCAUUUAGCACCUUAGAGCAAACAUUAUACUUCUCUGAUAACGGCCAUGUUUAUCGUUACCAUUUAGUCAAUCAAAUGGUAUCGUUAGCAGCUGGACGCCUUAAAGGCUGUCCUAUUAAAACAGAUGAUUGGAGUUUUGCUCCACUGGCAACACAAGUUGAAUUAGGUGAUAUUCGUGGUCUCAGUGUAUCACCUCAAGGUGAUUUGUUUAUCGCGGGACCUCAGCAUAUAUGGAUCCGUCGGUCGAAUGAUAAUCGCUUGUAUCCUAUUACUGGAAUUCAUCCUAGUCAACCUAGACAGUUCAAGGGAGGUGUGAAUAAUUCAAAGAAACGUCAUUCUAGCACUGAUGAAAGUGUUAUAGAUUUAGGAUUAGUCAAUGAGUUUUCAUUUAACAGUAUUAGCAGUAUAACUGUCAGUUUAUUUGGUGAACUAUUUGUAGCCGAUAAUUCACAUAACAGAGUAUAUCGUAUACAUUAUCAAUUGCCGGAAAAGUCUGAAACAGGCAACACAUAUCGUAUACUAUACUCACAAACAGAUGAAAUCGAUUCAUUCGGUUCUUAUGGCCAAUUGAUUUCAACUGAGAGUGCAACUACUCAAAUGAUAUCACAUAGACUGGAUUAUCGUAAUAAUGAAAUAAGCGGUUGGCUUUCACAAAUUCGUGGUGACGAUCAUAAUAUUAAAUUAAGUAUACAUCGUGAUACACAUGGAAAUCUUUUACGCCUUCAAACCCCAACAGGUCAUCUGUACAAUGUAACACUGGAGCCUGGUUCUGGACAACGCAUUAGUACUCUUGUUGAUCCAGUUAACGGAGGUCUUUGGAAAUUUCUUUAUUCAUCAGACGGUCUCUUAACUUAUUUAAAAAAUCCACAGGAUUCAAGUUAUACACAAUUUCACUAUGCUCCUGAAUCAGGUCGUUUGCUACAAAUUACAUAUCCGAACGCUAAAUCGAUUGAUGUAGCUCGUAUUGUCAGGAGUCAAAUCCCUGUGAAUAUGAGAUUUCAUACUUUGGAUGAAGUUUCGAAUCAAGAUAAUACACCUAAAAGUGAUUCAACAAAUACUCCUGAUCAGUUGUCCACAGUAAUCAUGAUACAAACUACGGAUUCGAAUAAACAUGAGAUGGAAAUCGACUAUGGCGAUUCAAAUAAUCUUUGGAAAGUUCUUCUAGCGCAAGUUUAUCAAAUUCGAAAGGAUUUAUACGCACCAGUACAAUUGGUUCGACAAAUCACGAUACCUGGUAAUAGUAUAAGAAAUGCAAUUGAACAUACAAAUGUAUGGACAUAUCAUUUGAAUGAUCAAAGUAAUCCAAGAAUACUUGAUACUCAUACUUCAAUAGGUGGUGGAGGAUAUUCAGAUUUUGGCGUAAAUUUUGAUAAGAAGUCACAACCAUAUCACUUUUUUAAGAAUCAUUUUCGACGUAGUAUUUCGGCACAGAAUUAUCUAUCUGGAUCAGAUUUACAUCGUUCAAAACGUCAAAUGUCCCAUCCUUUUUCUAAGAGAUUUACUGCUCGGUCUAUUUUUAAUUAUAAUGAUAAGAAUUACAAUAAUCUUGGUGAAGAAGUAGACUGGCAUUAUCAGAAGACCCUGACAGUGAACGGCCAAAAUCUGCUCAAUGUUAAUUUUAACUGGGCACUACAAUUAGAAACUUAUCAACACGCUUCAACUGGACACAUUCUUUUGCAAGUCGUGUAUAAUGCAAUUUUCAACCGAUGA